CCACGGAGGAGCCCCAGACCCAGGAGCUGCUGGCCCCCGGCGGCCCCCGCGGCCCCCCCUCCCCCGGGCCCCCCCUCCCCCGGUGCCGGACCCCGGGGCCCGGUCAACGCCAUCACGGUGCUCACGCUGCUGGACAAGCUGGUCAACAUGUUGGACACAGUGCAGGGGAACCAACAGAGGAUGGAGGUGCAGCAGGUGGACAUGGAGACGGUUGUCAUGGGGAUCCAGGCUGACGUCACCAAGCUGUCCAGGAACCAUAGCAACACAGCCAACACCGUCAGCAAGCUGUUGGACAAGAGCCGCAAACUGUCCGUCACCAUGAAGGAGGUGAGAGAGCGGAUGGAAAGACAGGGUGUCCAGGUGAAGAAGCUGGCGAACCACGCCCACUUGACCCAGAGGAACAACUUCAAGGUCCUCAUCUUCCAGGAGGAGAAGGAGAUUCCCUCCAGUGUGUUUGUUAAACAGCCCCCCCCCUUCCCCCGCGACGGGGUGGAGGAGGAGGGGGAGGAGGAGGAGGGGGAGCCCCGCCCCCCCCAGGAUGGCCCCGCCCCCGAGGAGGGGCUGCACACCAUCGACCUAUCGUCUGACGAAGACGUGGGCCUGGAGGCGGAGCUGGAGGAGGAAGGGGAGGAGCUCCACGACCUGGACUUCAUGGAGAAGACCCGAGCGGAGAAGAUCAAACGCUCCAGCCUGAAGAAGGUGGACAGCCUGAAAAGGGCGUUCUCCAAGCACAACAUCGAGAAGAAGAUGACCAAGAUGAGCUCCAAGAUCGUCUCCCAGGAGCAGAGAGACAAGAUCAAGAAGAGCCUCGCCUCCAAUCAGCAGAGGGCAUCCUUCAAAGUCCCGCCCCUGUCAUUCAGCCUGCGAAAGCCCCGGAGCGCUCUGAGUCCCAGCCCGCUGAGCCGCAGGCCCCGUCCCAGACCGGGGACUCUCCUCGUGCUGAGGCCCACGUGGAGCUCUCUCCUCUGGACCUCGCUGAUGAGGACCUCCCCUUCACGGAGGUCCACUGCCCAGCUCGCCCCCGAGCAGCUGAGGAGAGGGGGGAGGAGAGAGGAGGGGAGGAGAGGGAGAGGGGGGAGGAGAUCUCAGGGUUGUCAGAGGGGGAGGUGUCGAGGGUGUCGAGGGGAGUGAGUGUGGAGUACUCCCUCUCUGCUACUCUCCCCCAGGGGAGACACAGCCACUCUGCCUGGGGUGAGGAGGACGACGAGGAGGAAAGAGAGGGGGAGGAGAGAGCGGAGGAAAAGGAGAGAGGGGAGGAGAAGAGAGAGUAGGAGGAGAGGAGA